AUGAUGGAAGCAGAAGCUCUCAAACAUUAUCACGAUGAGGAGUUUGACCCUCAAAUGCUGGUAAAAAUGUACGUUAGUGAAGAUAAAACACAUACGAAAGAGGAACUAUUGGAAUAUCCAAUGAAAGUUGUUUAUGAACUGUGCUCCACAGGUGGGUGCAAUGCUAAAAAAUACACGUGAGAUAUUAAUAUCAAAUGUCAUAGCAAAAUGUAUGGCUCUCCUGAUGUGCUGUUGGGCCCAGUAUCCAAAAUCAGAGAUGUACACUAUUCAAUGUUUGCUGUAGUCAGUUUAAAUGAUUUGUUCUGAUUUGUUACAAAUGUAACCUUUAUAAUAAUCACAGUCUCAGGUUUGCCCAAAGUAUCCUACACUGGUCCCAGUAAGACACCUUAAAGGACCACUCUAGGCACCCAGACCACUUCAGCUUAAUGAAGUGGUCUGGGUGCCAGGUCCAGCUAGGGUUAACCCAUUUUUUUUUUAAAACAUAGCAGUUUCAGUGAAACUGCUACGUUUAUAAAUGGGUUAAUCCAGCCCUCAAAUCCUCUAGUGGCUGUCUCACUGAGAGCUGCUAGAGGCGCUUGCGUGAUUCUCACUGUGAAAAUCACAGUGAGAACACGCAAGCGUCCAUAGGAAAGCAUUGUAAAUGCUUUCCUAUGAGACCGGCUGAAUGCGCGCGCAGCUCCUGCCGCGCGUGCACAUUCAGCCGAAUGGGAGGAGAGGAGGAGGAUCGGAGGCGGAGAGCACCCUCAGGACACUAUACUGCCAGGAAAACGAGUCCUUUAAUCAUUAGCAAGACUGUAAAACCAAAGUUUGUGAUACUAUAACCCUGCUGUACAAAUAAGUGCAGUGCUGGAUUUUCCACUGAGGCCAGAGAUUUUGGCCUCCUGGCCCAAGGUAAGCAUUAGGGAGGGGGACAUUUUUUUAUAUAGUCCCUGUCACCCCACUACAGCAACUGUCAACCCACUACUGCCCCUUUCAUCACACUACACCUCUUGUACACUCAGUAUAGUCCCAUGUCACCCACCUGCAGGUUCUGUCACCCCAGCAUAACCCAUGUCACUACACCCUGGCUCUUAUCACCUCACCCCAGUAUAGUUUGUAACCCCACUAUAGCGCAUGUCACCCCAUUAUAGUCCCUUUCAUUGCACUAUAGCACCUGUCACUCCAAUAUAGCUCAUCAUCCCACUACAGUCCCUGUGACCCCACUUUAACCACUAUCCACCACACAAGAGUCCUCUUAAUAUAGCCCCUUUUCCUUCCCUUUUGCACCUAUAACCCAUUACAACCCCUAUCACCCCAUAAUAUACACUAUUCACCACACAAUAGUCCCUAACUUCCGCUUCAGCCCCAAUCCUCCACCAUAGGCCUUAUCCCUCUACUACAGCCCCUAUAGAGUAAUAGAGAUAGAGAUAGAGUAAUAUUCUCUCCACCAUAGACUCUAUCUCACCCACUAUAGUCCCUAUCUUCCCCAAUAUGCAGCCUCCACACAGAAGCACAGAUGCAUUUGAUACAAUAUUAUAAUGCAAAUUAUGUAUAAAUUAUAAUGUGAAUUGCAUAACAUAAGGUUAUAGAUUGGACACCUACCCUAAAUAAGGGUUGUCUGGUCUUAUCAUAAAGUAACAAUGAUAAUUUGGUCCAGUUGGUCUCAAUACAUAUCGUAACGAGAGAAUAAAGAAAACCUGAGAUGGAUACACACCCCCUGAGUACAAAGCCGGAUUGGCUAACAACUGUGAAAAACCACCAAUGAUAAGCCAGACCGGCACAUUUAAAAAACGAAACUAGUAGGAGCAGAUCAUACCGACUGAGAAAGCCCUCUAGAAGGGUGAUAAGACCAGACAACCCUUAUUUAGGGUAGGUUUCCAAUCUAUAAACGUAUUGCUCCACUCUCAAGGUUAAUUGCUUUUUGACUUCUUUCCACUUUUUCCACUUUCUCUUUGUUUGCAUGGUUGUGCUGGGUGAGAGGGAUGCCCACUAGAGUGUUGCAGUGAAACUCCAUUUAACACUAUUAACAUUUAAGGCGCCUUUAUCACACAGUUUUUUGUAUAUAUUAAUACACAAAUGUAAAUACUGACAUAGAUACAGAUACACAGACACAGAUACAAACACUGACUCACAUGCAGAUACAAAGAUGCACAUACUGACACACAUGCAUAUACACACACUUAUACCCAUUCAGAUACACAGACAUACAAAUGCACAAACUAACACAUGCAGAUACAAACACUGACACACAUGCAGAUACACAGAUGCAACCAGUGAUAUACAUGCAGAUACACAGACAUAUAGAUACAAAUGCUGACACACAUUCAGAUACACAGAAACGUCAUUUAGCCACCCUACUGUGUUCUACCUUAUGGGUACAGGAUGGUGACUUCUGCUGGCUAAGGCUAUUGGGGGUGAGUUUUCGCUCCUCCUCUCCCUCCUGUGCGGCUCCAUGUAUGUUAGCUGGGAGGAAGUAAAGACAAAAAGGAAUUGAGGGUGUACCCAAAACAUGCAUUUUGCAGAAGGUAGUGGUGGGCUUAACACAAUAUGGCCAUAUGGUGGAACUUAAUCCCCAUAUUUGUUUGUCAAGAGAGAUGAUUUUUAAAAAGCCUUAUAAAAUGUAAAAAUCUAUUUUUAUGUGUGUGCUGUUCCUUAAUCUGUAUUAAGAUGGGAGAAAGUGACCAGCUCUCACGUCCUUCCAGCACUGGCUGCCAAUAUUAGAGUUGCAUUGUUUAAGGACUGUAGCGCACAUAAGGGUCCCUGGAGACACAUAACCAAUCAGGAGGCCCUAAGUGCUUGGGCCACCCUAUGGGCCCUCUCAGUGUCUGGGCCCUGGUGGAGACGCAUCCGAGCCACUGGAAUGAUUGCAUAAGGGAUAAAAGAGAAAAAAGGUUACAAAAUACUGAGAACAGGACCAUUUAUUAAGCAUAUGAAGAGAUUUGCCACUUUAAUAAUAAUUAUUUUAUUAAAAUAACUAUUAUAAAUACUUCUGUAGGCCUAUUGGUUAAAAUAUAAAACAAAAAAGGUGCGCUGUACCUUUAAAAUUUAAAGUGCAACAAGUGCAAAAAAUCGUGCAAUAAGAAGUGUCUAUUCGAUAAAAUCACACUCAGUAUAACAAAUGUGCAAAAAUUGCAAGUGAAUAGUGAUAAAAAUACAAAUAGUAACUUACAGCAGGAAAAUAUGUCUCAAUAUAAAUUGCAUUUGGUUAUUCCAAAGUAGGAGAUAUGGUACAUAAAAAAGAAAAGACAUAUAGCAUAAUACUGUUUAAAAUUAUAUAAAACAGCCAAGAGAAAUGGAAUAAAACUCACAAGGAAAGAGCAGUAAAAGUCUGCUCUAACUUUUCAGGAUGUAAUCCACAGCAUAGGGAUUUGAUGGUAGUAAAAAGCAGGACGCCAGCUGAAUAAAACGAUCUUUAUUUCUUCCAAUAAAAAAACUCCCUUUGCCACAUAGAAGGCCAGUGUCCCAUUCAAUACUUAGAAAAAAUGAACACACCAAAAUUCACGGUCUCUGCAGCUUGCGGCACUAUACAAGGCACUUCGGGGUUUGGAGCUCCUUGCGGUCACGUGAUAACGUGAUGACGUCGUAUGUGAACGUGAUGACGCGUUUCGCCCGAAAAAGGCUUCCUCAGAUCACGUCCUGAUACAGCUGGUCCUGGCUUUUAAAGCCCAUAUUAUGGGCGUAAAAUAUGCAAAUGAAUGGCCAAAGUCUUAUACAAACGGGGUAAAUCCCCUAAAUGUCUAUAUAGAGAAGUCCCAAAAAAAUGUAUAAAAUAGAUGAAAUAUAACAAGAGAAUAAUAGUACAUAUAAUAGCCAAAAUACAUGAAUGUCCCAAUCAAUAUUUCAACAAAAAAUGGAAUGUCAUAAACAUAUUACAUAUAUUAAAUAUACUUAACCAUAUUAAAAUCUCAAAAAAAGAAAAUUCUCCAUUAAAAUACAUAAAUACAGUUAUAUAAAUGCACCUACUAGCAGAAGGAGAGAAGAGAAAGUAAUUAUUAUCAGAUAGAAAAUUCAUCUAAAAUAUAAAAUUCAUAAAAUAAAAUUAUACACAUCAAAUUCAAUAUUAAGACCUUUAGGUUCAAGGGUAUCCAGUGUAUGAACCCACUUCAUCUCUUCUUUUCCUAUAUAUUGAAUAAAAUUGCCUCCUUGCCAUGGUUUUUUAACAAUUUGAAUUCCUAAAAAUGUGAGGCCACUGGGGUCUUUAUUAUGAUAUUUUUUAAAAUGAGCGGACACACUAUGAUGGUCUAUACCUUUUUGGAUAUUAUUAACAUGUUCAUAAAUUCUCUUAUGUAGAGGGCGAAUAGUUCUGCCCACAUACUGAAGUCCGCAUGGACAUAUUAAAAGGUAUAUAAUGUUUUUAGUAAAACAAGUAAUAAAAUCCUUAAUGGUAUAUUCUUCUGUUGUAUAUUUUGUCUUAAAUUUACUAAUCCCUUUUAUAGUGUUGUUUUUACUACAUUUACAUCCUACACAUUUUCCACAUGAGUAAAAAGCUUUUCUAUUCACACUUAAAAAUGUAUCAGGCACUUCCUUUCUCUACCUUUAUUUUUAACACUUGCACUUAUAUAUUCAUAAUUUUAGCGCCUACAUUGCUUGUUUGUUUUUUAUUCUAUUGGUUAAAAUGUUUGCAUCUCUGAGUUUUAGAUUCAUUACCUGUCAUAUGUUUAGCACUUUUCCAAGCAUGCACUGUUUCUCAUUCUGAAUGUUUUUGAAACAUUCAUUUCUAUCUCUUAAGGCCUAAAGUUAUUAUUAGUUAGUUGUUGUGUUUUGUGUGUCUUUGUGUUUUGUCUUCUGUCCUAUUUAUUGUUCUUCAGGAACUGUGAAAGGAGAAACACUGAUAGAUCUCAGUGGGGGUCCAGAUUUAGGUCAACUGCUGGUUGCUGGCAAUUUCUAUAAAGAGAUCACAGUUUUGGAGUCUUCUGUUGCCAGUCAAGAAGAAAUACAGAGAUGGUUGAAUAGGCACCCAGAUGCAACAGACUGGUCACAUGCAACAAGACUUUUAUCUAAGCUGAUAGGUGGAAGGUGAGUCAAGAUUUUUGUUUAAUGAGACCUCCCUUUCCAUCCUGUGUAACAUGAAACAACUAAUGGGACACCAUAGUCACCAGAACAACUACACCCUAAUGUAGUUAUUCUGGUGAGUAUAGUAUGUACCAGCAGACAUUUUCAUCUAUAAACUGCCUUUUCAGAGAAUAGGCUGUGUUUGCAUUGCUGCCUAGGAACAUCUCCAGUGGCCGUCACUCAGACGGCCACUAGAGGUGCUUCCUGGGUGUGCAGCACUAAUGUCCAGCAUUUCCACGUAAUGUUCAGCGUCUCCACUGGAAUAAAGGUGAGUUUUUAUUCUAUUUAAGGGGGGUAGGUGUGGGCCACCUAAGUAGUGAUUUUUACACUAUAGGGUCAGGAAUGCAGGUUUGUAUUCUUUUAAAGCAGACUGUCAGUAGCUGUUAAAACAUUUAUUUGGAAGUACACACAGUUCACACUUGUACAUAGCAGAUUUUUUUUAAUCUAUAUUAAUAAUAAAAACACACAUAUAUAUUUACUGUCCCUCCAUUUUUAUUGGUCACUCCUCUCUUAAUCUGUGAAUAAAAUCAAAUUGUAGUGGUUGUCCCCUAGUACUCAAUCAUCUUUUUUCUGUUUAAUCAUCUCUUUCGUUGGAACCACGAAUCACAAAUAAAAUAAACAUGCACAUCCAUUGCAUGAAUAAUUUGUUCAGCUGUACGUCCAUAUAGUGAUUUGAAAUUAUGGAGUUAAGACAACCCACCGAUCGCCCUAAAUUCAGACAAAUUGCUAUUCAGCCAAACAUGAAUGUAGAAGUCUAGUAAAGAGAUUUGAAAAGUAUGAGUAGCAUAAACAAAAUAAAAAAAUCGUAACAUAUGUAGUAGACUUGGGUGACACUGAAAUUUUAGUUUCCUCAUAAUACAUUUGUCUGAACCGAAUUUCAUCAGUUUGUUCAUUCGUUUCAAGAUAAAAUUCAGACAUUAUUUUAGUUUUGGAAUUUCAUUCGGCCAAAUGAAAUUCCGAUCAUGCCUCGUCUGUUCUUGCAGCCAUUUAGCAAGUAACUCCCUAGAUUGGUACCCUUGUUAGAUUGCUAUGUUCAAGGGUUCCAAAUUAGGGAGCUGUUUAGUAGAUUUAGUAGCUCCUUCGUUUUAGUAAAUAAGGGAGGUUAAAACCAGUGUCUGUUCAUUUUUAUAAAAAAAAAAAAGACAAGCAACUAGGCAGCAAUUUCCAAGCCCCUAAUUCAAUAAAUAGGGACCUGACCCCUAUGUUUCCAUGGUGGGGCACUUUAUAAAACAGUUACAAUUGACUGGGGGGGACUUAGUGUCUCCCCAUGCCAUCACCUGUGCCCCAAGGAUCAUUAAACUAAAUGGGGGGGGGGGGGUUGUCUAACUGUGGAAGCCUAUUUAAUAAUACAUGUUUCAGAGAAAGACAAGACCCAGUUAAUAUUGUUUUUAUUUGAUAUUUGUUUCUAAAUUGCCAGGUCUCCCUUUAUUGGAUUAUUGCUGCCCACUGUUUAAUAGACAUACUCCAACUUGUGGCAUGGCACGUAGGGGCAGGAGGGAGGAGUUAAUCUCCCUUAUACUAAUUUGGGAGUCAUAUUGACCCCUAUAAUUUAGGGUGAGGGUGUACAUACAGUUGCAAGAAAAAGUAAGUGAACCCUUUGGAAUGAUAUGGAUUUCUGCACAAAUUGGUCAUAAAAUGUGAUCUGAUCAUCAUCUAAGUCACAACAAUAGACAAUCACAGUCUGCUUAAACUAAUAACACACAAAGAAUGAAAUGUUGCCAUGUUUUUAUUGAACACACCAUGUAAACAUUCACAGUGCAGGUGGAAAAGUAUGUGAACCCCUAGACUAAUGACAUCUCCAAGAGCUAAUUGGAGUGAGAUGUCAGCCAACUGGAGUCCAAUCAAUGAGAUGAGAUUGGAGGUGUUGGUUACAGCUGCCCUGCCCUAUAAAAAACACACACCAGUUCUGGGUUUGCUUUUCACAAGAAGCAUUGCCUGAUGUGAAUGAUGCCUCGCACAAAAGAGCUCUCAGAAGACCUACGAUUAAGAAUUGUUGACUUGCAUAAAGCUGGAAAGGGUUAUAAAAGUAUCUCCAAAAGCCUUGCUGUUCAUCAGUCCACGGUAAGACAAAUUGUCUAUAAAUGGAGAAAGUUCAGCACUGCUGCUACUCUCCUUAGGAGUGGCCAUCCUGUAAAGAUGACUGCAAGAGCACAGCGCAGACUGCUCAAUGAGGUGAAGAAGAAUCCUAGAGUGUCAGCUAAAGACUUACAAAAGUCACUGGCAAAUGCUAACAUCCCUGUUAGCGAAUCUACAAUACGUAAAACACUAAACAAGAAUGGAUUUCAUGGGAGGAUACCACAGAGGAAGCCACUGCUGUCCAAACAAAACAUUGCUGCACGUUUACAGUUUGCACAAGAGCACCUGGAUGUUCCACAGCAGUACUGGCAAAAUAUUCUGUGGACAGAUGAAACCAAAGUUGAGUUGUUUGGAAGAAACACACAACACUAUGUGUGGCGAAAAAAAGGCACAGCACACCAACAUCAAAACCUCAUCCCAACUGUGAAGUAUGGUGGUGGGUGCAUCAUGGUUUGGGGCUGCUUUGCUGCGUCAGGGCCUGGACGGAUUGCUAUCAUUGAAGGAAAAAUGAAUUCCCAAGUUUAUCAAGACAUUUUGCAGGAGAACUUAAGGCCAUCUGUCUACCAGCUGAAGCUCAACAGAAGAUGGGUGUUGCAACAGGACAAUGACCCAAAGCAUAGAAGUAAAUCAACAACAUAAUGGCUUAAACAGAAGAAAAUACGCCUUCUGAAGUGGCCCAGUCAGAGUCCUGACCUCAACCUGAUUGAGAUGCUGUGGCAUGACCUCAAGAAAGCGAUUCACACCAGACAUCCCAAGAAUAUUGCUGAACUGAAACAGUUCUGUAAAGAGGAAUGGUCAAGAAUUACUCCUGACCGUUGUGCACGCCUGAUCUGCAACUACAGGAAACGUUUGGUUGAAGUUAUUGCUGCCAAAGGAGGUUCAACCAGUUAUUAAAUCCAAGGGUUCACAUACUUUUUCCACCUGCACUGUGAAUGUUUACAUGGUGUGUUCAAUAAAAACAUGGCAACAUUUCAUUCUUUAAUAAGUACAAAAUUUAUAUCAAAACCACAAACAAUCGAAACCAAGAGUGAAAUAGUGAUAAUGGGAGAGAUAAAUAUAUACAAACAUACAACCUGAGCUUGACAAAGUAGUCAGGUAAAAUCUAAAAAUAUAAAAUAUAAUACAACAUAGUGUAAUCUGUGAUAAGAUAAUAUAAAGUAGGACAAAACAGACUGUCACUCACAUUCGGCAGAGCCGUCCCAGGAUCUGUAUAGCAGACCCAAGGGUGCCAAUUCAGGCUAACGAAAUCCCAAAGAGUGGAUGGAGAAAAUUUCAGUAAAAAAUAUAUAUAUUUAGGAUAAAAUAUCCAAAGCUCAAGGUACUAGGGGAGUGGAAUCCAAAGGAAUACAGAAAAAGGAUAUCCACUUACCCCAAAUAAAGUAACCAAGAGAGACGAGUAAAAUAACAACAAGCUAAUAUAAAAAAUACAGCUGUAUAAUAAGUAAAUAGCAGCAGACGCGUUUCGGCUCAGAAGCCUUCUUCAAGUGCUGAUGUCCUGAUCUUCGGAGCUUGUUUAAAUACACCCAGCAAUCACGAUCACAUGUGCAUGGUCUCCAUCCAUUUUCGUCACUUCCGGUAUUUUCGGAUGACGUCACUUCCAGUUUUCGUCAUUAGGAACGCAUGGUGGAACGCAUUGUGGAACGCAAACACAGCCAUGCCAUAUUAUGCCGCCGGAUGAAAAGUUCUUUAUAUAUAAAAAUUUGGGCUCAGAACAGACAGGAUAAUAAAUGUUAAAAAAAAGAGAUUAUUUUCUCAUUGAAUAUCUAAAAUUAAUAUAUAUAAUGUAUCAUAAAUAUAUACAUAAAAGGAAUAUAGGAAAAAUACAUAAAAGGAAUAUAAGAAAAAUACAAAUAUAAUAGAGGUAAUUAGAGCUGGCAUAGUUAGGAAGUCAAUAAAAACAAUAAGAAAAUUCUUAUAUAAAAAAUAUUUUAUAAAAGUAGAUUACCAAUAGAAAACAUAUUUUGUAUAUAAAAAAAAUAUAAGAAAAGAUUAUAAAAAAUAUCUAUAUAUUAUUAAUUUGAAAAUUGGCUAAAUUCAAAAUCUAAAUUUAAUCCAUUAGGGGAUAAAGAAUCUACUUCAAAAACCUAUUUGCUUUCUAUCUUGGCCAACUCUUUAACAUUGUUUUCACCUCUCCAGUUUUUUAAAAAUAGCCAUGAAACAUAAUACAGAUGAAUCACUUCUAUGUUCUUCAGCAAAAUGUGCUGAUACACUAUGCUUCAAAUAUCCCCUCUGGAUAUUGCCCACGUGCUCCGCUAUUCUGUUUUUUAAAGCUCUGGUAAUCAUUCCAAUAUAUUGCAGACCACAUGGGCACCAGAGGAGAUAUAUGACAUUUGUAGAUUGACAAGUCAAAAUCUGGCGAAUAGAAAAAAAGACGUUGGUUGUGGUAAGAAGUAAAAGAGGUGAUUUUUUGUUUCUUAAAAAGAGUUUUUUACAAGCAACACAAGAUUUACAGGGAUAAAAACCCUGUUCUAAGUUAAAAUAAUUUUUAUUAUUCUUUUUAUCUUUAAUAAAACUAGUGGUUAGGUGUUGUUUUAGAUUUUUAGCACCUCUGUAUACUAUAGUCGGUUUUUCUCCUAUGAUAUUUUUAAGGGUUGGAUCUGAUCUAAGAAUAUGCCAGUAUUUAUUAAUGAUAUGUUUGACUUGUCUAGCAUUUUCAUUAUAAUUUAAAACAAUAGGAAUGGUGGAAGACAUUUUGUUCUUUUCUUCUCUGGAUUUAAAAUCUCUUUACGUUCUUUCUCUUUAGUUUUCCUAAUAAAAAGAUCUAAGGAUCUGGAAUCAUAAUUUUUCUCCACUAACCUAGUUUUUAGAAAUUGUGCUUGUUCCUCAAAUAUUUUUGUGUCGCUACAAUUUUUAUAUAAACGCAGAAACUGGCUAUUUGGCAUGUUGUGUAGCCAAGGACUAUAGUCACAACUAGAUGUAUCAAUAUAUCCAUUGACAUCAACUUUUUUGAAAAAUGUCUUAGUAUGAAUAGCCUGGUUUUCAAUAUAUAUAAACAAGUCAAGAAAACUAAUGCCAGUGGUACUAUGUUCACUAGUGAUACGUAUAUCGGAAUUAUUUUUGUUGAGAAAGUUUAUAAAAAAUUUAAGAGAUUCCUCAUCUCCUUGCCAAAUGAAAAAAAUAUCAUCUAUGUACCUGCGAUGGAGAACCAGAUUCUGCGCCCAGCGUGCCUUGGAAAGAAAAAGAUUUUCCCACUGUGCCAUAAAAAGAUUGGCAUAGCUGGGUGGGAAUCUGGUACCCAUCGCAGGACCUUUUAAUUGUAAGAAAAAUUUAUUGUCAAACCAAAAAUAAUUAUGAUUAAGGAUAAGUGUAAUACUAUCCAUAAUAAAAAUAAUUUGUUCUUCCUGCAUGUCACUUUGAUGUCUUAAAAAAUACUCUACCGAUUCGCAACCCAAUGUAUGUGAUAUACAUGUAUAUAGACUUGUGACAUCACAGGUUACUAGGAAAUAAUUAUUCUUCCAUUGUAUAUCCGUUAGUAAUUUCAUUCUUUGUGUGUUAUUAGUUUAAGCAGACUGUGAUUGUCUAUUAUUGUGACUUAGAUGAUGAUCAGAUCACAUUUUAUGACCAAUUUGUGCAGAAAUCUAUAUCAUUCCAAAGGGUUCACAUACUUUUUCUUGCAACUGUAGGUGAUUAAGGAGCAAAGCUUCUUUUUUUAAAUAUUAUAAGGAGGAAGCUGUGAGCUGGUAGCUCCCUCCUUGUAAUAUAAAAUGAACAAAAUAAUAAAUUGCAUGGACAAAAUUUCAACAAGCAAUUUGUUCUUUGAUUUUUGUUUCAUCUGUUGUAAUUUGCAUUUGUCAUUCGGACAACUUUUGGCGAAAACGUAUUCAUCAGAAAACGAAUGCCCAUGUCUAAUAUGUAGCUACUUAAGGCCACAGGACAUUUACAAUAUUUAAUUGAAGCUAUAUAUCAUAAAUAAAAUAUUUUCUAAAUUUUACAGCAUAUCAACAGAAGAACUGGAAGAGAAAACAAGAAGAGCCAUUAAACAUUGUCUUCUAUGGGAUCCCUGCAAGGAUAACCCAGUGGAACCCGAUAAUUUGCCUCAAGCAGACACUCUGCUCAGCACCUGGUACCUUGAAGUAGCCUGCAAAGACCAUGACAGUUAUCGUAACUACUUGAAAAAAUUCUUAUCUUACUUGAAAGUUGGAGGACAUAUCAUUUUGUUUUAUGCCUCAAAAUGCACACAUUACACCAUCUAUCAACAGCGCUUUUCUACUCUGAACUAUGAGAAGGAAUUUGUGAAAACUGUCUUACUUGACAGUGGCAUUGCCAUUGAAAGGUCAUCAUUAAAUAAAAGCAAAGUAGACAGCCACCAAGUAAAAUAUGAACAUUUUGGAUAUUUUCUAGGCCAUAAAGAAAAGCAAGUUUAA